UAUUUUGAUUGAUGAUUUGUUCCAGACCCUUCCUUAUUAUUCUUCCCAAAAAGCCCAACUUCGCCUUCGUCACUUUCUCCUUCGUUUGAAUCUAUUAGUUAUUCUGAUAGGGAGGUCGUCAUGUGGGGAAUCCUCAGGAGGAAAGUAGCAACUGGUGGCUCCUCCGCCACGGUUUUGAAGCAGGCGGUGCGGGAGACUCGAGCUCCAUAUUCACGGCGUUAUGCCACCAGAGCAAAAGAGUCGCUACUUCUUGGAAAAGGAUCACACACCAUAAGCAGUAUUGGCCACCAAGGCUGUCGGGGGUGUUUAGAUGAUACCAAAUCUAUCAGUGGAUUGAUCCAAUUCCGAGCAGCUUCUCCUAUGUCCAUGUUGAAUAGAUUUUAUUCUUCUGAAAAUGGAGAUCUUACUGAUGCUGUCGUGCCCUUCAUGGGGGAAUCCAUUACUGAUGGGACCCUUGCAAACUUUUUAAAGAAACCUGGUGAUCGUGUAGAAGUUGAUGAGCCAAUUGCUCAAAUAGAAACUGACAAGGUUACCAUUGAUGUGAACAGUCCUGAGGCUGGCAUAAUACAGAAGCUUGUCGCGAGAGAAGGUGAUGUUGUUAAGCCAGGUGAUAAGGUAGCUGUAAUUUCAAAAUCUGGUGAAGGUGUGGCACAUGUUGCUCCCUCUGAAAAAGUGCCCCCCAAAGAAACUCCUAAGCCAUCUCAAGAGGAAAAGGAAAAGCCAAAGCCAAAGGUAGCUGAGGAAAGUCCAAAGGCCCCACCUCCUCCUAGGGAAAAGCCCCAAGCUCCAUCUGCGGCAGCACAGCCUCAGUCCUCAGUGAAAGAACCUCAACUUCCGCCUAAGGAGAGGGAAAGAAGAGUUCCUAUGACAAGACUUAGGAAACGUGUAGCAACACGUCUGAAAGAUGCACAGAACACUUUUGCCAUGUUGACAACAUUUAAUGAAGUUGAUAUGACUAACUUAAUGAAGCUCCGAGCUGAUUACAAGGAUGUUUUUGUUGAUAAACAUGGUGUGAAGUUAGGACUCAUGUCUGGAUUUAUUAAGGCUGCAGUAAGUGCACUCCAGCAUCAACCAAUUGUCAAUGGCGUCAUUGAUGGAGAUGACAUCAUUUACAGAGAUUAUAUUGAUAUUAGCAUUGCGGUUGGCACAUCAAAGGGUCUUGUUGUUCCAGUUUUACGGAAUGCUGACCGAAUGAAUUUUGCGGAGAUUGAGAAAGAAAUCAACACCCUUGCAAAGAAGGCAAAUGAUGGUACUAUAUCAAUAGAUGAAAUGGCUGGAGGCACGUUCACCAUAUCAAAUGGUGGUGUUUAUGGAAGCCUUAUAAGUACCCCAAUCAUCAAUCCCCCCCAGUCAGCAAUCCUGGGAAUGCACUCGAUAGUGAAUCGUCCAAUGGUAGUUGGUGGUCAAAUUGUUGCGAGGCCAAUGAUGUAUAUUGCUCUAACAUACGAUCAUCGGCUGAUCGAUGGAAGAGAGGCGGUUUAUUUCUUGCGCCGUAUCAAAGAUGUUGUGGAGGAUCCCCGCAGGCUGCUUAUUGAUGUCUGAAGCUGUCUGAAGCAAGUUUUCAUGUAUACUGAUCUCUAUGGAUAGUUAUGACUGAGUGCAAUGAGUUUUUGGCUGGUGACCUGCCAUCAUUGUCCUGGCACGUGGGAGGCUUCAAAAUUCUAUAUGUUUUGGUUCAUUUGAAGAUUCUUUAGCUCCGAGGUCAUGCUCAUCAAUCGCUGCUUGACUUAUCUCCUGGUUUUAUCUUAUUUGCACUGAUGCUCAUUUACAAUAUUCCGUCAUCGUGGGAAGAGGAGGCCAAGAAAGUGAUUUCAAAUAAGGUGAAUUUUCAAUCGGAUGGAUAAUUUCAGUUGUGUGCCAUUUAUAUACCAGAAUUUCAAUUAGGAAGGAGUGAUGAUAUGAUUUCCACGUGCCGUGGUAAUAAAGCUUAAAAUUUUGUUAGGGAUUUAUAUAUGAAAAGUUUUAUUUCCGGAAGGUUAAA